CAUCCAACCUGUCUAUGGAGCACAGCAUCCUCCCCUGGAUCCCAGGCUCACCAAAAACUUCAUCAAGGACCGCUCCAAGGCCAACGCGCUGCCGAUGAAAAGCAAGAAGGCCUCCAGCUUUCAUGAGUUUGCCCGUAACACCAGUGAUGCCUGGGACAUUGGCGAUGAUGAAGAUGAGGACUUCUCUUCCUCCUCUUCCUCUUUGCAAACUCUGAACUCUAAAGUGGCCAAGGCCACGGCAGCUCAGGUUCUGGAGAACCAUAGCAAGCUGCGGGCGAAACCUGAGCGGACCCAGUCGGCUCUCAGCGAUGUGCCCACCAACUGCAAGGUCAUCAAGUCCAGCAGUGAGGCCCAGCUCUCCAGGACCUCUGAGGAGGCCUGUGUGAGGACCCCCCUUCAGAAGCAGCAGUCCCUCCCCCUCCGGCCCGUCAUUCCACUCGUCGCCCGAAUCUCUGACCAAAAUGCCUCGGGUGCUCCCCCCAUGACAGUCAGGGAGAAAACCCGCCUGGAGAAGUUCCUGCAGCUCCUUUCCAGCCACAACACAGACCUGGAUGAGCUGAGGAAGUGCAGCUGGCCUGGUGUGCCCAGAGAGGUCCGGCCCGUCACCUGGCGCCUCCUCUCAGGUUAUCUCCCUGCCAACACGGAGCGGCGGAAGCUGACCCUGCAGCGCAAGAGGGAGGAAUACUUUGGCUUCAUCCAGCAGUACUAUGAUUCCCGGAACGAGGAGCACCACCAGGACACCUACCGGCAGAUCCACAUUGACAUUCCAAGGACCAACCCACUCAUCCCCCUCUUCCAGCAGCCACUUGUCCAGGAGAUCUUUGAAAGGAUCCUGUUUAUCUGGGCCAUUCGCCACCCGGCCAGUGGCUACGUACAGGGCAUCAACGACCUGGUCACACCCUUCUUUGUUGUGUUCCUCUCUGAGUAUGUUGAGGAAGACGUGGAGAACUUUGAUGUGACCAACCUGUCCCAGGAUGUUCUGGGGAGCAUCGAAGCUGACAGCUUCUGGUGCAUGAGCAAGCUGCUGGAUGGGAUACAGGAUAACUACACCUUUGCACAGCCAGGCAUCCAGAAGAAAGUCAAAGCCCUGGAGGAGCUGGUCAGCCGGAUUGAUGAGCAGGUACAUAAUCACUUUAGGAAGUAUGAGGUGGAAUACCUGCAGUUUGCCUUUCGCUGGAUGAACAACCUGCUGAUGAGGGAGCUGCCCCUUCGCUGCACCAUCCGCCUCUGGGACACCUACCAGUCAGAGCCAGAAGGAUUCUCCCAUUUCCACCUCUAUGUCUGUGCAGCCUUCUUGAUCAAGUGGAGGAAGGAGAUCCUAGAUGAGGAAGACUUCCAAGGCCUUCUGAUGUUGUUACAAAACCUGCCCACGAUACACUGGGGCAAUGAAGAGAUUGGACUCCUGCUGGCAGAAGCCUACAGACUCAAGUACAUGUUUGCAGAUGCCCCCAACCAUUACCGCCGAUAGGUGCCAGGACCCUGUGCCCACUCCACCCCCUCCUCCUGGCCCAAUCUGAUCACUGUGGCAUUUUUUGUUGUCCCAAGUCCUCGGACACUCCGGCCCAGAGCUGCUCCUGGCUGUACAAAGCUCACAUGGACUCUUUGUCUUAACUCUGAACGUUGUGCCUGUCUGCCCCUCCCUGCCUGGGCCCCUCCA